CCUUCAAAAGGUAGAAAUAGUUUUCUUCCGGAAGAGCAGGAGGGUAAAUGAGCCACACAAGAAAUCAGACCAUCGGACACUAAAAAGUGAAAAAAGACAGGUGGGCUUUCUGAUCUCUCACAUGACGAAGGAACAAGACAACCAUUGUUUUGCUCCCACCGUUCAGGAAACAGCAAGAACCACCCAAACAUACAUAGAGAGAUACUUCUUUUCCUGUAAGGACGAGACAUGAAGAAACCACCUCGAAAUGGCUCCUUAAUACUAAACGCUAUUCGAUGCCAAAGCAUUCAAAACAGAAACAAUGAAAAUAGCUGCAAGAACAGCGCCAGUAACAAUAACAAGAAUAACAGGAGAAGCUUCUAUGAGCUCUCUUUGUCCUUGAUUCUCUUACUCUGGUCCCUUGUCUUGUUGUUUUACACUAGGCUUGGCCUCAGCCACGAAAAUGAAGGGAAUUUGGCUCUAAAUAACAGAAGCAUACCUUGCCCUGAUGUUUUCAGAGAUAAGCUUUGUAAUGAUACACACUCAAACAUUGGAAACUCAAGCUCUGCCAAUGCAAAUGGAUUGCUGCUACAGCUUAAUUUGUCUUCUAGCUGUCACAAUUCUACAGUUCAUAUUAACCUGGGGAAUCAGAAGUUCUCAAUUUCAGAGACUGACAGGCUAGAAGAAGUAAUAUGGAGUUUUUUAGGUUAUAGAUCUUUAGUUUGUAAAGCACAAAAUCCAGAAGAAUGGAAUAUUGGUAAACCAAAAGAGCUACCUGGUGGGAAAGGUAAUCAUCAUUCCACCUAUCUCAAUUUGGAUGAGUUUCGCAACAUAACAAGGCAGGAGAAAGACCAAGAAAUGCCCAGUCAGCUUGUGAACAUAACCCAUAAGCUUGAACCUGAUGGUAAAGAGUACAAUUUUGCAUCUGCAAUGAAGGGUGCUAAGGUGGUGGCACAUAAUAAAGAAGCAAAAGGGGCCGGUAACAUAUUGGGGAAAGAUCAAGACAAGUAUUUAAGAAAUCCUUGUUCUGUAGGAGGGAAGUAUAUUGUGAUUGAGCUCUCAGAGGAGAUUUUGGUUGAUGUUGUCAAAAUUGCAAAUUUUGAGCAUUAUUCUUCUAAUUUCAAGGAUUUUAACUUGUCUGGUAGUUUAAGUUAUCCAACUGAAACUUGGAAUCAUUUGGGAAACUUUGUUGCUGCUAAUGUCAAGCAGAGUCAAAGCUUCAAGCUGCCUGAACCCAAAUGGGUAAGGUACUUGAAAUUAGACCUACUCAGUCAUUAUGGAUCAGAAUUUUACUGCACACUGAGUGUUGUUGAGGUAUAUGGAGUUGAUGCAAUUGAGCGAAUGCUUGAGGAUCUCUUUGUGCCUUCUGAUGAAGCUAGUUCCAAUAAAUUGCCAAAGCCUAAUUCAACUGCAGCACCGCCUUUGAAGCCAGAAUCAGAUGCCAUUGAGGAUAAAAAGAAUAGCAAAGUCCAAAAUGAGGCUGAUAAUGCUGAUAUCAAGACAGAAAAAAAUGAUAAUGAGCAUUCUCGCUAUGCAACUACGACAAAGAAUCCUACGACUGUAAACAAGACUCCUGAUCCAGCAACAGAUGAAGUUAGACAACAGCCGGUUAGCAGAAUACCUGGUGAUGCUGUUCUAAAGAUUUUGCUGCAGAAGGUGAGAUCACUUGAGCUGAACUUAUCUGUGCUGGAGGAGUAUAUUAAAGAAAUGAAUAGGAGACAAGGAGAUAUUUUGCCAGACCUUGAGAAAGAGCUAUCUAGAAUUUCAGUGCUUUUGGAGAAGAGCAAAACAGAAAUUAAUGACAUAACGGAAUGGAAGGAAAAUACGGAUAAAGGACUCAUGGACCUUGAGUCAUGGAAAGCUAUUGUCUCCUCCCAUAUGGAUGCAUUGACCAGAGAAAAUAUCAUGUUGAGAUUAGAUAUUGAAAAGGUUGUAAACGAUCAAGCAAAUCUAGAAAGCAAGGAGCUGGCUGUAUUAGCAGUGAGUCUUUUUUUCGUGUGCUUUGCAACUAUAAAGCUAGUUUCUGCAAGAGUUUUGAAAUUCUUAGGAGCUUCUCAGUCAGAUAAGAUACGCCGGACGAGUAAAGGUUGGGUUAUGAUACUUGUUAGCAGCACCAUGACAAUAUUCGUCACCCUUCUCUCUGGCUAGUCCUCUCUCUCUGUGUAACUUGAGAAUUGUUAAUAAGAUUUUUUUUUCUUUUACACAGUGUUUUGGGAUAUCUAAUUUAAGUCAGAUAUGUCAAAAGAAUAGAAUUUUAGCUAGCCCCCAACUUUUGUAGCCCUAGAAAAUCAGAACUUUGUUCAUUUCUGGCCAUGGCCUUCCUUUA